GCAGUAUAUAAUAGCCAUUUAAUAACGCGAGACACACUUGUAAUGAGAAGUCGGAAUUGAAUUUAUUAAAUAUUGACAGUGAAAAGCGUAAUAUUUUGUAUUCAAUUAUAAUUAAUAAAAUUGGAAUAGUAAUACAGCAAUUUGAGCUUGAAAUGGAAGUGAUCGAAGAUGCAAUUGUGUCUGAAAAUUACUUGUGAAAAUCUAUGGGAAAAUUUUCAAGUAAAGCGAAUAGAAUUUUAUGGAAAUAGAGCAAUAACGAUAGAAGUGAAGAAGAAAAGGCGAUUUAAGAAAGAAGCGGUGACAGAGACAGCAGCUAGAGUGAGAGAAAGGUUGUGUGCUGGUUUCUGUGGUAUUUGUAUCUUGAACGUAUCAGCAGCAGAGGCAACAAUACAAAAACAGCAUAGGUACAAUAGCGGCAACGGUAGCAGCGCAGCCACAGCAACAAACGUACACGAACACAAUUAUUAGCGCAACGACGUUUAUUUAGUGAAGUGGUUGGAAAAGCAGAAGAAGCGGCAGAAAUAGCAACAAAAGCUUACAAAAUAAAGAAAAAACGGUAAAAAGAAGAAGCAAGCAUGGCAAACAUGAACUAAAUUUUGCAUAAGACGAGAAACGAGCAUUUUAAUUGUAAAAAGUUCCCUUCGAUAUGUGUUUUUGCAAAUAAUAGUAAAAACAAAAAAAAAAGAAGCUAAUAUAAAAUAUAGUUUAUGCGGAACAUAGAAAGAAGUGAAAAAGAAAUCAAAUUAAUACCAGUAAUAAUCAGCAACAGUAUUGGAUUUACUUGACAUGGUAUUGUGGAAGAAGAAGCAAAUGUGACUACAGAAAAGCAAAAACACGAAUACAGGAGGACGAGCGAAACGCACAAGUUACCCACGAAAGCAACUGAUACAACAGAAAGUACAUUAAAUAUGCUGAAAGUAAAAAAAAUAAAAGAGAAUGACUGCGUGAGCUUCGCAGUGGCGGCGAGCGCCUAUUAAAUUUGUAAGGUGGCCUCAAAACUUAAAGAAUAGAAAAAAGUAAAUGGAAACAGAUUAAGAAUAUUAUAUGAAAAAGUGAAAAAAAUAAUAUAUAUCUAUAUAUAUAGAGAGAGAUAUAAUCUAAGAGACACUAUAGUUGGAAAUUAAAGAGUCGAAUACCGGUAAGCAGUGUUUUAAAUUUUCAACCACUGCGAGGAAAAAACAAGGCUCUGAUCGAGUUCCGACUAUAUUAAUAAGAUUAGUAAAAGUGACUAACUGAUCCAAAAAUACUAAACAAGAGUUGGAAGUAAGAAAAAACCGCGCAACACAUCACAACAGAGAAUGUAUGGAAAGGCGAAGACAUCGUCAGUGCCAUCAGAUGCACAGGCACGUGAAAAAUUGGCACUAUAUGUUUAUGAAUACCUGUUACACGUUGGCGCCCAGAAAGCAGCACAAACAUUUUUAUCUGAAAUUCGGUGGGAGAAAAACAUUACGUUAGGUGAGCCACCUGGGUUCCUACACACAUGGUGGUGCGUGUUUUGGGAUCUCUACUGUGCCGCUCCAGAACGGCGAGAUCAAUGUGAUCAUUCAUCAGAAGCCAAGGCCUUCCAUGACUAUGGUUUUGUUAGUUCCGGCUAUGGAGUAAAUGGAAUUGGUCCCGGGGGACCGCAUAGUGCUGGUGGUCCAGCUCCUAGUCCACUGGGUCAAAUGCCACCAGGUAGUGAAGGUCCGAUGGGGCCAGGUGGUCCAAUGGGUCCCAAUUUUUUUCCAAAUUCUACAAUGCGACCCUCACCCCCGACUCAUGCGUCGAGUCCACAACCGCCACCAUCACAAAUGAUGCCUGGUCAACCGCCAUUUAUGGGCGGUCCGCGAUAUCCUGGAGGACCCCGUCCUGGUGUACGUAUGCAGGGCAUGGGCAAUGAAUUUAACGGUCCUCCUGGUCAACCCAUGAUGCCGAAUAGUAUGGAUCCAACGAGACCUGGAGGUAUGGGCCCAAUGAAUCCGCGUAUGAAUCCUCCUCGUGGACCAGGUGGAAUGGGUCCUAUGGGUUACGGUGGGCCUGGAGGCAUGCGAGGCCCUGCUCCAGGACCGGGUGGAAUGCCACCUGGUAUGGGUAUGGGAGCGGGUGGACGACCGCCACAGUGGCAACCAAACGCUACAGCACCAAUGAACGCUUAUUCAUCAUCUUCGCCAGGGAACUAUGGCCCUGGACCUGGUUCGAAUGGACCACCUGGUCCAGGAACGCCGAUUAUGCCAUCACCCCAAGAUAAUACCCAAGCUGGUCCAGGCGGCCCAGGCGAUAACAUGUACUCGAUAAUGAAACCCGAAUUUCCAAUGGGUGGUGGACCCGAUGGCGGUGGAGGAGGUCCGGGUGGUAUGGGUCCUAUGGGCGGGGGACCUAAUUCAAUGGGUCCUGUACUUAAUGGUGGCGGUGGAGAUGGUACCGGAUUAGAUGGCAUGAAAAAUUCGCCAGCAAAUGGAGGUCCGGGAACGCCUCGGGAAGAUUCUGGAAGCGGAAUGGGAGAUUAUAAUUUGGGCGGAUUCGGUGGUCCAGGGGAAAAUGAUCAAAAUGAAUCAGCAGCUAUACUAAAAAUAAAGGAAAGUAUGCAUGAAGAGGCCAAAAGGUUUGAAAAAGAUUCGGAACACCCGGACUAUUUUAUGCAAUAACAACAUAGUAGCAACACGGCCACGACGCACACGACAGCGGCAGUAGCCGCAGCGGCGGCAGCUUUAGGAGCAAAUAUAUUAAGCGGUCAAGCUGCAGCCGUUUCUCAAAAUCUUAGCACCAGUAACAUUAGCAACACUAGUGGCAACAACAAUCUCAUCAACAAUGCCAACAAUAGUAGUCCCCCUGCAUUAACGCCGCAUUUCCAUAAGGAACUUAAUUUUUAAAGAAAUAAUUUUCGAUUACCAUUAACAUCAGAAAGAGAAAGAUCAUAAAAAUUUAUAUAUAUACAGUUAUGAGUAAAACACACUGUUGAAUUAUCAAUAACAGUUUAUAAAUAAUCCAAAUUCAGAAAGCAUGUCUUUAAAAAUUAUCAGUUUGGAUAUGAGACCAACCGUAAAGAAGAACAGUUAAGAUAAUGCCCAAGAAAUGUAAUUUAUCCGGGAUCUUUAAUCGAUGGGUCUGUUUUCCUCCUCAGACAAAGCGCCAGUAACGCGGAUAAAUCUUCAAUUAAGGGAGCUACCCAACUUGAUCUUCGAGUAACUUUUACUUUGAAAAAUUUGCAGAAAGUAUUAAGAUUGUACAAAAUAAAAAGCGCAAUUAAAUAUAUCAAUAGAUACCGUGCACAGUCGAUUUUACAAAUCAAAUAAAAGAUAAUUCAUUUCGAAUGAGGAUUUUAGAUGGUCAAGAUAACGAAAUUAUACAAAUAUGCAACAAAAAUCCUACAUCCCUAUUUUUGAUUCAUUGCUAAGCAUGAAGCAAAUAUGAAAUAACAUGAAUAGAAAAAGAUCAGUAAAGACAUGUUUUUUUUUGUAAAAAAAAUAUACAAACAUUUACCAAUAAUUGUUAAUCCUAAAGUAAUAUGGUACUUAUUAAAGCGAACUUAAACUGUAUAAUAUUCAACAUAAACGACUACAUAUUACUAAAUGCUAAACGCAGAUAUGUUAAAAUAUAAAAACUUUAGCUAUUAAAAGAUUGCACCUAUGAGGAAAUACUUUAAUGAAAAAACCGUGCAUAUGUAAUAGUAUUUAGUGUAUACGCGGUAAAUGCAGCAUUACAGUUGUAUAUGCUGCAUAAACCGCUCACCCAUAAAUAUACGUGUAUAAUAUACUAAAACAUGGAAUAUGUAAAAUAUAUAUAAAUAAAAGGUGUAUAACAAUUAUUUGUCAGAAGCAGCACUCGAA